ACGUAUACCACGUGUGGUGCGCUGGUGUUUGGGCGCUUGAAGUUAACGGGGUGACUGCAAGUCCCUCUUCCCAGCGCCGCUGCAGGUCUCACUGCUGAUUCUGGUUUAUGCUGCUGCUGUUCUUGGGGAAGUGCUGUUUUUAUUUUAUCCUGGCGCUGCUAAAAAGUGAGAGAGCAUCGCAGUUGCGUCUAAAGACCAGUCUUCAAUCACUGGAAAUCCCUCCUCCGUCGAUCACCCCCCCAAAAAAAAAAACCCAAAGAGAACCGUCGAUGUGAUGCUCGGAAGAUUGGGGAUUUGCGAGAAGCGUUUGAAAGUCGUCAUCUCUCAUAUUCUCUUUUCUUGACUGGCGAUCCUUUCAUAAUCAUCAUCAUCACCAUAUCAUCAUGGCAUGGGAAGUGCUUCUAUGGCUAUUUUCUUUCCUCGCCACCAUCAUUCUUCUUGCAUUGGCCAUAUAUCAGCUUAUUUGCUUGUCAGAUUUGGAAUUUGACUACAUCAACCCAUAUGAUUCAUCAUCUCGUAUUAAUUCUGUGGUCAUGCCAGAGUUUCUGACUCAAGGAACACUAUGUGCUAUGUACCUCCUUACAGGGCACUGGUUUGUGUUUUUGAUAACGGCACCCAUAACUUACUAUCAUGUAAGAUUAUAUAUGCAAAGGAAGCAUUUAAUAGAUGUAACUGAGAUAUUUAGUUUACUUAAUGGCGAGAAGAAGUUACGAAUGAUCAAGAUUGGUUUCUAUUUGGUUCUCUUCUUUAUUGUUCUUUACAGGCUGGUGGCGACUGCCGUCAUGUCACUUAUUGAUGACGAUGAUUCCCUGGAAUCUAGGAUGUUCUGAACCCCCCUCACUCAAUUGUCAGCACGCCCUUGCCAUUGUUCCCCGCCCGUGCUUUCUGCUUUUAGCUAUGCUUGAAGCUUGAUUGUUAUACGUUUACAUAUAUCGAAGUGUUCUUUUUGUUUAAUAGUUAGUUAUUGCUAAACUUCUAGUGUCGAAAUUCAUAGCGGAUUUAUAGCUUGCCAUUCUGGUGACUCAUCUUGGUUUUUGAUCAAAUUACCCAUGCAAUCCUUUUGGUUUGAAAAGCCACUGCGUUUGUUCAGUGGAACCGUGUUUGAUUGGCAAGCAGCAGCUGCAUCCACCACGCAAAGGGUUUGAAAUGGGGGGCAGGCGGAUUCCAGUGAAAGCAUCUCUUGUACCAACCGUAUCAUGUAUGGAAUUUGUUUGUUAUUUCUUCAUCAGAAAAGUAAAUAUUUUUCUUCUUCUUC